CUCCACUACAUGGUCAUCAUGCACCCUGGGCUUUGCCACAGGAUGGUGCUGAUCUCCUGGUUGGGGGGGUUGGGAAGUGCCCUAAUUGUUUGUUCAAUGACAUUGAAGUUACCCAGAUGUGGCCACCGUCGAGUGGAUAAUUUUUUCUGUGAGAUGCCAGCGUUGGUCAAGAUGGCUUGUGUCCAUUCAAGAGUCAUUGAGAUUGUUGUCUUUUCUCUUGGAGUUGUAUUGCUUCUAGUACCUCUGUCACUGAUUCUCAUCUCCUAUGGAGUCAUCACUCAAGCUGUAAUGAGGAUCAAGUCAGCCAGUAGGUGGAGAAAGGUCCUGAACACCUGUGGCUCCCACCUCACAGUAGUGACUCUGUUCUAUGGGACAAUCAUUUAUAUGUACAUGAGGCCACAGAAAACCAAGUCCCAAGAUGAAGGGAAAUUCUUCACUCUCUUUUACACAAUUAUCACACCCAGUCUUAAUCCUCUGAUCUAUACUUUAAGAAACAAAGAUGUAAAGAGUGCUCUGAGCAGCGUACUGGUAAUGGACAAAUGUUCCUCAAAAGUGUGA